UCUGAGUUCUAUCAACUCAAGUUUGUAUUCCCACAUAGUGAAUGUUGGCGUUUCCUGUGUUAAAACAGCAAUUUUUAGUGGGGGGACGCCGGAACCGAAACUACACUUCAGGGGGCGUAGGGGAGACCCCGUCAGACCCGCCUUUGUGAGUAUAAACGAUGACAGUACUAGAUGGCCUUCUGAUGCAAUACCCCAGCGGAGGGAUCAACCCAUACGAGCAGGAUCAGCAGCGGUUUGCGUUGUUGCUUGGAUACGAACGCAAAGGGCGGUGCGUUUGGAGUCCGUUUCUAAAUGAAACUGCCGUUACUCAGCGGACAUUUUGGCUCUGCGCGUAGUCUCGUCACAGUGUGACCUUCUCUCAUGUUUGAGCCCGAAUGACGCCAGUUUCCUUGACGCUGUUGAAGACGCACUAGACGUGAAAACAGCGCCAUUUCUGUCGGCGUCCAUGAUAGCUAUGCGACUGGAACAGAUUCCAGAGCUCGAGCUCGGAACAGCAGCGGGAGAGAAAUUGCCGCUCCCCUCUCGCUGCUUCUCUUAACUUCAGCCAACGGCAGGUUGUGCCGGUGAAGUAAGACGUAGCCCCAAAAUGGACCCCUCUGACUGAAAUGCAAACACGUCUUGUGUUUUGCUCAGAAGCUGAAAUAUAUCAGCAGCAUUAAGCCAUGCCUGAUGAGUAACAUCCCCCCUUUUUGCUCAAAGCAAUAAAAAAAAAGAAAAAAGGAAAAAAAAACAUCCUACAUGCCUCCUCAUGUAGUUUGUACUGCUGGAGUGACGGCCUCCUCUUCCAGAUAGGUUAAUCGCCUCUGCACCUUUCUCCACCAACCACUCAGCAGUAAAUACCUGUCAUAAUGUUGCUCUACCCGAGAAUGGCCAAUACCUGAGGUCCCAUGCGUCCAGUGAGCACCGAUUCAGACGGUCCUGCUCCUCCUGAGAACCUCUCUUGCCCCUACCCUCUUGUGGGCCCCCUGCCUGCCUCAAAGAUGUCGCUGCUCCAUUCGCUGGGUCCAGUGCAAAGCUGGCUAGGCCAGGAGCUUGAGAAGUGCGGGAUUGAUGCCAUGAUCUACACCCGCUAUGUUCUCAGUCUUCUCCUGCAUGACAGUUAUGAUUAUGACCUACAAGACCAGGAAAAUGACAUCUUCUUGGGAUGGGAGAAGGGAACGGGGAAGAAAUGGGGCAAGAGCAAAAAGAAGGGAGGGACCGAUCUGAGUCUUGAGGAAAUGAAGAAGCAAGCCGCUGUGCAAUGUCUCCGCUCUGCAUCUGAUGAAAACUCCGGAAUUGAAAGCCUCGUUGAAGAGCUUUGCUCUAAACUGAAGGAGAUCCAAAACAAACAGAAAGAGGAAAAACAGAUUCGAAGGAAAUCUGAUGGCUCUCAGUCUCCAGAACGUGUUGAGUCCCCCUCUUCAAAGGACCAGGUGGAAAUGUAUUAUGAAGCCUUUCCUCCUUUGUCAGAGAAAUCUGUUUGUCUCCAGGAGAUUAUGACAGUGUGGAACAAGGCUAAGGCCUGUACGUAUUCAAGUUCCUCAUCCUCUGCAGCCCCACAAACUAGCACAGACACCUCUUCCCCCAAAGAUUGCAACAGUGAAGGCGAGGCUGCAAAGGAGCGAAACCUAGAGGCGUGUGGUACCAUCACUACUGUAACCAGUGAGAGAGGCCAGCAACGACGAGGCAAGAAGGAGAAAGAAAACAGAUAUCACGGUGGUGCAACAGCAGAGGAGAAACCUACUGUCCACUCUAAGAGACAGAUGAGACACAGAUCUGAGGGCAAAUACCGACCAAGAUCUUGGUCUUCUGGCUCUAGUGAGGCAGGCUCGAGCUCAAGUGGGAACCAGGGUGACUCGAAGUCAUCAAGAAGCAAGGCAGUUAGAAUAAGGCACAAGUCCAGGGAGGCUGCAAAGAAUAGGAGAACACGCAACAGUGGGCAAGUGAAGCUGCAGGUGAAGGUUCUUGAUAAAGAAGAGCGAAGAAACACAGGAGGGAGCAGUAGUGGCACCACCGGUGGCACUGCCAAGCAACCACAGCCUUACAAAAAGGGGAAGAGACCGCUGAAAGAGAUUCGUAAAGAUCCAGGCUGGGUGGAAGCAAAAGAGUCCGGAAUUGAGGCCAGGAACAGAAAAGAAUACAUGGAGGAGCCACUUUGGUACACUGAGCCCAUAACAGAGUAUUUCAUACCUUUCAGCAGCAGAGAAAGCAAGCUGGAAACAAAAUAUCGAAGCAAGGUAGAUUCUCCCGGUGGCUUUUCCUUGUCAACCAACAUGGAGAGGCUUCCGGAGAGAAUCCAGGGAAUCUACAUCGCCAAUGAGUACCAGAGAGCAUACCUAGCAGCAGGCUCAUUUGUGGAUGGGCACUUUGUAGAAGGGCCUGGCGAAGCAGACGAUGAAGCUGCUGAACUCACUGGGACCUCAAGCUGCCCUCAGCCAGAGGAUAGUAGAGAUUUAGAUGACAAGCAUCUGUCUGAAUUCACUCACUUCUAUGAAGUAGAUAUUUAUCAAUCCAUAUUGGAUACUAGUGCCUCAGAUUCAAUACAAGAGAGUCGGAUCUUAAGCAUGAUUCGACAGAAAAGCAAAGAGCAAAGAGACGUUGAGGCAGAAUGUUGUUUAGUGUUAGAUGGCCUUGAGCAGCAAGGGAAAAGUGCAAUGCAGGAAGCUUCAGGAUCUGUUGGAUAUUUAAUGGAGGAUCUUGAAAACAUGGCGCAAGUUUGGGGAUGUUAUUCACCAUCUACUUCAGAGGAUAUAGAUGGAGAAAGCUUCAUAGGAGACUCUCCCAUCCGUCUCUCUCCUCUCCUUGAUAGUGUUUCAUUCACACUGAGCAAACUGUCAGGACAUCUGGAGGAGUGCCCCGUUCCUGAAGCCACCAGUGAACCAUCCUGCUUCUCUCUUUUCGAGCUGCAGUACGACAGUCCUACUUUUCCUUUUCCUGGCGACUCCCUCACCGUUGGUCACGAAAACAACACCGAUUCUAGUAGCUGUCUCGACCCACAUUCUAAUAAACAGUCUCGUUUGCUAAUAUGGACCAAAAAUAGUGCCUUUGACGAAACUGAACACUGUUCCAACCUAUCAACGCGAACGUGCAGUCCGUGGUCUCAUUCGGAGGAGACUCGUUCUGACAAUGAGCAAGGAAAUGUUCCAGCAGAAGAUGUUGCUCACAUUGGCAGUGAAGAGAUUAACUGUAUAAUACCUCCUCUGACCAGUACAUAUCUCGAGGAUGAAAUCUUGGAUUUUUUGCAAGAAGACUCUGGCUGCAAGUGUGAGGAGGUCAGUGUUAGCACAGCGUCCAAUCAGACCUUCACCAAAAAAUCUAAAUUGGAGUCCAUUUGUGGUAUAGCUUUGGAAGAGGACGAGAGUAAACAGUAUAGCACUGGCAUGUUUUCAGACAACACAAACCAACAGAGUGACAACUACACCUCAGGGAUAAUAAAAGACAUUUGGACUGCAAUUGGAAACGGCAAAUCUGUAACGUCACGUCAAAGAGCAGAAAAAUCAAGCGAGGGCCUCUUCUCAGAGGAGUCAGGUGGUUACUGCUGCAGCUGUCUGGAGGUGCAGGCGAAAGGAGCUCCAAUUCAGGGACCUCAGAAAAAAGCAGUGCAGCGGUCAGAAUAUCACCUAUGGGAAGGCAAGAAAGAAGAACAGGACUUGGCCAAAAACAAACUCUCCAAGGUAGAUGGUGCUGGGGAUUACAUGACUCCGUCCAAGCCCUGGGACUUGAACUCUGACAAGGAGAGCACGUCGUUCAUCCUAGGAGGGGUAUAUGGAGAGUUGAAGACACUAAGCGGUGAUAAGAAUUGGGCUGUUGUGCCGCCAAGUAACGGCCAAGGUAACCUGCUGCAGUGCGCUGCUGCAGCUGCAUCUGCUUCAGGCUCAGAUAUGCUCACCAUCACUGGCACUGAUGUGUUCAUGAACACGAGCAGCUGCUUUGCACCUGGGCACAGGCCCCUGUGGAGGCCCCUGGUGUCCUUUGGGCAGAGUGACCAGGCCAUUAGAGGAGGCGGUGAUGGAUUGAAUAAGGGAUUUUCUUUCAUCUUCCAUGAAGAUUUGCUUGGAUCUUAUGGAGGCCUGCAUAGUGAGGAUCAAGGUUUGGAAUACCCAUUUGCAUCCUUCAACCUGAACAAUCCCUUUUCUCAAGUCCUUCAUGUUGAGUGUUCCUUUGAGCCUGAGGAUAUGGCGUCAUUCAGUCCAGGGUUCAAGCCAAAAUCUAUUCUUUGCUCAGACUCUGAGAAUGAAGCUUUUCACCCUCGAAUAUAUGGCAUCAAUCGGACACAGUACAGGGCCAUUCGUAUUUCCCCCAGGACCCAUUUCCGACCAAUAUCUGCCUCUGAGUUGUCUCCUGGUGGAGCGAGUGAUUCUGAGGCUGAGUCUGACAAAGAGGAGACGAGUUUUCCCGUCCUAGCGCCAGUCGACGUCUUCGAUGAUCCUCAGGCAGACCUGAAACCUUUGGAGGAGGACGCAGAGUGCGAGGGCCCUUAUUACGGGAAGUCAGAACUGGAAUCUGGUAAAUUCUUACCCAGAUUAAAGAAGUCUGGCAUGGAGAAGAGUGCUCAGACCUCUCUGGAUUCACAGGAGGGCUCCAGUACCCUCCUGCCAAUCGCUGAGCAAGAGAUUUGCUUAGACUGCAAAACAGCAGCAGCUGUUACCAGUGCAGGUGGACAGACGGACACUUCAGUCACCAAGAUUCAAAAAGAGGAAUCUUCAGGAGAAAAGCGGUUCUGCUUAUGUUCACCAACUGGUCACAUUCCCAAGUAUGGGAUUGCUUACGACUUUAUUGGAGAUGUGUCAGAGUUCUCUCUGUUAAAUACAGGUGAACAGGAAGGAACUGGGAACCAGCAAGAUGAGUGCUGGUGGCAGAACACAACUUGUUCCCCCCUCUUCCCUGGAUCUCAGUGCACAGGGAGCAGCAACAUUUGAAUAUUCUACCUGUUGCAGAGAGGAAACCUUUCUUCCUCUCCUUUUGUGACUGGACCUCUACCAGCAAAGAUUCAGGGUCAUCUCAGAGCUGGAAAACCUAAUGUAGGCUCAUUUUUUUCCUGAGACGCCCCUCCAAAUCCCACAACGCAUAAACCCUGUUGGUUUUCAUUUCUAACUUUAAAAAAGGAAAAAAAAAAAGGAAAAAAAAAACCUUGUGUAAUCAACAAUCGGAUCAACAAAAAUAGGAAAAUUAAAAAAAUAUGUUCUGUCUUUGAGUGAUGCCAUGUGCGGAUGUGCAUUUUUAGGCAUUUUUUUUUUUUUUAGAAUUUGUUUGGGUUGAUUCUUUUGUAAACUGGUCCUUUUUCAAAUCUCACAGUUACCAGGAGGGACAAUCUUUUGUUCUAUUGUUGUCAGUUUUGUUCCCACCAUUUUUGCUUUUGAACUAGGUCUCUGAUAGUUGGUGGUGUUUGAAUGGUUGUUCGGUAUGUUUGUCCAGCCUCACUCCUCCUUUGUAGUUGUGCGAAACGACUGCUAUCACAUCCUCUACUUACAAAAGUGUGUUCAGAAAGACGAUACAACAUUUUUUUUUCUUUGAAUGACAUCAUAAGACUUUUAAGAGUUCAGUUUAAAAGUUUAAAUAGUUUGUUUGGAUGACUUUCUGAAUGUGAAGUAGAGAAUGUGUGCAGCUUCAUUCUGAAUCUGUUCCCCAUGUGUGAAAAUUUCUUUCUUUCUUUUUUUUUUUUUUUUUUUGAAUGGUGAUAGUCCUUUUAGAAUCUAGCAGUAGAUAUAGCGUGGUUUGUGAGGCGCAAAAAUAUUAAACAAAUAAAUAAAAAUAAGGAAAUCAAA